GUUUGAGCUUUGCGCUGAAAAAUUGAGGCCGGGGCUUGACAGGGACCGGCCGGGGAGUGUCGCCCGUUUCGUGGUCAUUUGAUCCUUGUUUUAAAACGGCAAACGUGGCUCACUUGAGCAGCGAGAUUGCAGCGGAGUAUAAGAGCGUUGCUCUUGCUAUGAGAGGGAGAAGAGGAAGGCCGCCCAAACAACCUGCCGUGAUGCGGGAAGGUUCACCCGCGCCGCUCCGGGGCUGCCGGGGCGGCAGGACUAGGGGGAUGCGCGGGCGGGGACGGGGCAGAGGAAGGGGUCGCGGCCGGGGAGGAACUAGCGGCGGUGUUUGCAGCAUCGGUCCUGCGGAGAUGGACACCGAAUUCUCCGGCCGAGAAAACUUUCAUUCGUCGCGGGGCCGGCGGAAACUUGGAGCCUCCACGGCGGCUGCAGCGGCAUCGCGGGGCAGAGGGAGCAGAGGCAGAGGCAGGGGGUCGAGGAGCGGCCGCGGCGGGAGAGGAGGAGUGAGGCAGCCGCAGACGAAGGUGGUCUACGACGACAACAGCGACGAGGAGGAGGACAACAUCAGCUACCGCUCCGACGAGGACGAGCUGAACGACAACCCGUCGUCGGAUCUGGAAGACGACGAGGCCUUGGGAGACGACUCCGACUAUCUGGAGGACCUCCCGGAUAAUGAGGAUGCCAGCUACUGUACGGAGAGCAGCUUUCGGAGCCACAGCACGCUCGGGAGCACCCCAGGUCCUAAGCGGUCUAGGGCUCCACGGCCCCGGUCUCCCAUUCUCGAGGCAAAGGACAUUCCUCCCCUGGAGCUUCCCAAGUCCUCAGAGGACCUCCUGGUUCCCGCGUCGCAGCUCCUCCACGUCUGUGCCGUCUACGAGGUCCUCCGCAACUUCGGCACGGUGCUGCGGCUGUCUCCGUUCCGCUUUGAGGACUUCUGUGCGGCCCUGGCCAGUCAGGAGCAGUGCACCCUGCUGGCAGAGACGCACAUCUCCCUGCUCAAAGCUAUUCUCCGGGAGGAGGACACUUCGAACACCACAUUUGGUCCCGCUGAUGUCAAAGACUCCGUUUACUCCACUCUGUAUUUUGUGGAUGGGAUGACGUGGCCGGAGAUAGUGCGGGCGUACUGUGAGAGCGACCCCGAAUACCGGCACGUUCUACCUUUACAGGAGACUGAGGAUUAUCCGUACGAACCCCUGGAGAACAAAAUCAAAGUCCUGCAGUUUUUGACGGACCAGUUUCUGGCAACCAACAUUGCCCGGGAGGAGCUUAUGUCGGAAGGCGUGGUCGCAUACGACGACCACUGCAGGGUUUGCCAUCGUCUGGGCGACCUGCUGUGCUGCGAAACCUGCUCGGCGGUGUAUCACCUGGAGUGUGUGAAGCCGCCGUUGGAGGAGGUGCCAGAGGACGAGUGGCAGUGCGAGGUGUGCGUGGCGCACAAGGUGCCCGGCGUGACGGACUGCAUCCCCGAAGUGCAGAAGAGCAAGCCCUUCAUUCGCCAGCUCCCCGUCGGCUACGACAGGCACCACCGGAAAUAUUGGUUUCUAGAUCGCCGGAUUGUUGUUGAGGAGGAUGAUGAGCAGGAGGGAAAAUCCAUCUGGUACUACAGCACAAAGGUCCAGCUUGCUGAACUGAUAGAGCGCUUGGAUAAGGAAUACUGGGAGGCUGAUCUGUACGCUGCACUGGAGGAAAUAAGGGAUGAAGUGCACUCUCACAUGGAUGUCACCGAGGACUUAACCAACAAGGCUCGAGGCAACAACAAAAGUUUCCUUGCUGUCGCAAACGAGGAGAUCCUGGAGCGACUGCGGGCGAAGAAGGAGGAGGAGUUGGAAGAGGUGAAGAGGCGGGCGGCUGAGGAGGCCCAGAGAGCGUUCUUGGAGAAGGAAAAGAAGGAGGAGGUAGAUGGUAAGAAAGAGGAGGACGAAGAGGAGCAGCAAGAAGGGAAGAUGAAGAGGGAAGAGCAGCGGACAAAGGAAGAGCCGAAGCUGGAAGAAAUAUGUGAGAUCAAAAUGGAAGCUCCCGAGGGUUCUCCCACCGGCCAAGAGGGCAGCAUUGACAGCGGCAUCUCCGAUGAACCUAAACUUCCAGAGGUUUCCUCUCCAGCCAACAUCUCCUCUGCGGGCCCCCGUCAGCCAGGCGUGUCCCCAAAGCUCCCGGCUUCUUCUCCGGAGGCUCCGUCAGAAGGUUCCUCCCAGAUGGAGGUGUCGAACAGCAUCAAAGAAAACUCGCCUUCCGAUCCCGUCCCUCCCUCUGAAGACAGCGUUCCCAGUCUGAGCCAGUCCUCCCAGCCUUCCCAACCCGGUGAGGAGAACAGUAACGGCAGCGUUUGUGCUGGUGCGCCUCCCAGGGGGCCUGAACCCCCAGACUUGGCUGAUAGGUCCUCCCAGUCAUCUCUGGCAAGCUUUGAAGAUGCAGGGGACAGCAAAGACUCGGUCAACGGGGAAACGUCCGGGAUUGGCAGUAAGAAGUGUUCAGCAACUCGCAUGGUGACCCGAUUGAGGAACCCAGAGAGCAAGCUAAGCCAAAUGAAAAACCAACAGGUUGCAGCUGCUGUUCAUGAAGCCAACAGGGGCUUCAAGGAAGGGAAGGAGGUCUUGGUGGUGAACGCUCAAGGGGACAUCACCCGUGUCAGCACGCGCAAAGAUGUGGUGAUGAAGAGCAGCCUCCCCCAGUACUUCAAGCUCGGCCAGGAGGGCAAGUACCGCGUGUAUCACAAUCAGUACAGCUCCAAUGCCCUGGCCCUCAACAAGCACCAGCACAGAGAGGACCACGACAAGAGACGGCAUCUGUCCCAUAAGUUCUGUAUGACUCCUGCCGGAGAGUUCAAGUGGAACGGGUCCAUUCACGGUUCCAAAGUUCUGACCAUCUCCACCUUAAGACUCACCAUCAUCCAGCUUGAGAACAACGUUCCAACACCUUUCAUGCACCCUAACUGGACCUCACACAGGACCAAUUGGAUCAAAGCAGUCCAGAUGUGCAGUAAGGCCAGAGAGUUUGCUCUUGCUCUGGCCAUCCUGGAGUGUGCCAUCAAACCUGUGGCUAUGCUGCCCGUCUGGAAAGACUCGCUGGGUCAUACCAGGUUAAACCGCAUGACUUCAAUGGAGCGUGAAGAGAAAGAAAAGAUUAAGAAGAGGGAAAAGAAGCUGGAGGAUGAGGAGACACUGCAGCAAGCUACCUGGGUCAAGUACACCUUCCCAAUUAAGCACCAGGUGUGGAAACAGAAAGGGGAGGAGUACCGUGUUACAGGUUAUGGGGGCUGGAGUUGGAUGAGCAAGACUUAUGUGCCGCGGUUUGUCCCCAGGCUUCCCGGAAACACCAACCCAAACUACCGCAAAGAAAUGGAAGAUGCAAAACUCGGCAAAAAAUGUACCCUGUUGGACUUGAGCAGGCAGCCCAGUGUGGCUGAACCGGAGGUUUGCAGUGACUUAAGCAGCAAAGCAAAAGAUCAAAACGUCAAUCUUUCCAAACUGCUCGGAGAAAAAGUGGAGUCGGCUGAAAAGGCGAUGGAGGUAAAAACAGAAGAGGAGGAGGAUGAAAAACAGAGGAAGGAGAACCAGUUGUCAGUAGAAGAAUGUCCAGCGAAGAUGGAAGUGGAUCCCACAGACUCUCCUCCAGAGGAGCAAGAUGCAGACGAGUCUUCCUUGAAAGAGGAGCCUGCAGAAGAUCCUCAGCGCCCCUUCAACUAUGACGUGGUUGAUGUUAGUAAGGGGUUCCUCAAUCGCGUUGCCUACAAGAAGAAAGUAAAGACUUCCAAACUGGACAACCUGCUGGAGCGCAGAGUGAAGCAGAGCGCGGUCGAGGAACGACAAAGACAGCAAGCAUCAGCAUCCAUACCGCAAAGUCCUACCCCACUUUUGUCCUGCUCUGCUGCGGGUUUGAGCACUCCAGUUCGACCGCGGUCACCCCUCAGGCCGCACACUCUUGCACAGGCACAGCUCGCGAAAGCAAAGGAGAAAAGUCCAGGUGCAGCACAGAAAGAAGAAGAAAGUCGAAUUGAACUGUCAAACAGUCUGCCUUCUGCUUCUGAGGCCACGCCCACAGUCUGCUGCAUGACAGGUACAGGUGAUGGUUCUGAUUCACCACAGAAUAAAAUCACCUCCACUUCUGAAAACAUGGAGGAGGUCUUGGUGGAAAGGACAGCGGGGCCAAAGGAAACCACUUCGAACUGUUCAGAGAAACUUUCUGGUCUGCAGGAGACGCCUCAUGGGUCAACUAAUUGCUCUUCAGACCAACUGGCAGCUUGUUUUGCAUCAGAUGUAAACAAAGCUGAACCAAUGGAAAGCUCAGGGUCUGACUCUGUAAGGACGCUCUCAGAUAUCGUUGACCAAAAAAACAGUCGGGACUCUUUUCAUUUGAAGCCAGAUGCAGAAAUGUUGAGUUCUGUGCAUUCAGAUACAGAGAAAAAUGGCUUAUCGUCACAGGAGACCCAAGAAACUAUAGAGAGCAUCAAGUGCGAAAGAACAAUGGGUGACGGCACUUCCAAGGCACCUCUUGCUCCCCAUCAGGUAAAUGGUAACGAUGGCUUGUCUUGUGGAAAUACAUUGAGUAACUCUUUGUCGAGCUCAAAUAACGGCGUUCUCUCCAACACGGCUCAUUGCAAGACGAACAGCAUUGAAACAGUUGACGAUCAAAGGCUAGUGGUCUCGCUGAAGGAAAGCACAGAGCCAAAGGCCUUGGUGAAUGGAGAUCUGGGCUCACAGAAUGACAGCGCUGAGGUCAAAGGUGAAGAGCCGCGUCGGGUUUCUGGCAUUGAAGCCGAGUCAACACCAGACCCGGAUUACAAACCUUCACUGAAGAUGACGAGGCUGGAAAACAACACCGAUAGGGAUGGAGAUCACUCUCUGCUGCACAACAACACUUCAACUUUUCAUCCUGUGGAGACCAAACACACUCCUGGGGUCAUGGGGGUGAAAGUCAUCAGAGCGGCUCCAUCUCCGGUUCUUUCAGCGGAGGAGUCCAGUUUGAGUGACGGCUUUGCUGAGGAGAACAGUAACAGCGAGUCGGCAGAGCCGUUCGAGGCCGUCAUCACCGAGGUAACCACUACCUCUACCACCACCACCACCACUGUUGUCUCUACAGAAACCAGGGUGGCCAAUGUGCAGCUGAAAGCAUUUGGAGAAUCGGCACCUCCUGUUAUUGCAACCGAGAGAAGAGCAGUGUCCACGCUGUCUAGCAUGAGCAAAACAACUCUGACUGAAGUCUAUUCCUCUGGGCUUGAUGGCCAGUCGGGACACAACCAGAGCAAAAGAUUGACUCAGCAGACCCUCUCAGCAUUUGUCAGUCAGACAGACACUGAAAGAGGUAAAACCUCGGUGUCGUCUGUAACCGUGAGCCUCGAGGCCUCGUCAUCCACGAAGGGCCGAGUGCACCUUCUCAAAUUUUGCCGCACCAAGAAGAUGCGCUCCGACACCGCUCUUCCUUCAUACUGCAAGUUUGUCACCAAAAGCAAACGGACGAGUAUUUUCGUUCUACCGCACGAUGAUUUGAAGGUUUUGGCAAGGCGGGGAGGAUUACGGGAAGUUCCCAUAUUCAGCUACAACGCCAAGCCUGCGCCGGACAUCUGGCCAUACCCGUCUCCCAGACCCACUUUUGGCAUCACGUGGAGGUACCGGCUGCAGACCGUGAAGUCUCUGGCCGGCGUGAGCCUCAUGCUGAGGCUUCUGUGGGCCAGUCUGAGAUGGGACGACAUGGCCGUGAAGCCGUCUGCCGCGGUUGGCACCACGCGCACAGAACAAUCAGAAACGGAAAUCACCACCACCGAAAUCAUAAAGCGCCGUGACGUGGGACCCUACGGGAUUCGCUCAGAGUACUGCAUCCGCAAAAUCAUCUGCCCUUUGGGGGUGCCUGAUACUCCAAAAGAAACGCACACCCCUCAAAGGAAAGGUCUGCGCUCCAGUGCCUUACGGCCCAAGAAGCCAGAGUCCACCAAACAGACUGGACCGGUGGUGAUUGAAACCUGGGUGGCUGAAGAGGAGCUGGAUCUGUGGGAAAUCCGAGCCUUCUCAGAAAGGGUGGAAAGAGAGAAAGCCCAAGCAGCAGAACAGGCCAAAAAGCGCCUCGAACAGAAGCCCGGUUCGGUUACGGCCACGCCAACAGGGACUCCUUCACUAUCUGCUGCCACGCCCAAAGUCAUCCUGGGCUCCAUUUCAGGCCAGGGCACCCCCAGUGCCAAGGUGGUACUAUCGACCAAGAUUGGCACUCCUGUGACAUUCCAGCAGAACAAGAACUUCCAGCAGUCUUUUGCCACCUGGGUCAAGCAGGGCCAAAGCAGUCAAGGAGCGGGCACAGAGGCAGCUGUGGCCACAUCUGGUGGACACACUCUGCACAUCACGGGAACCACAAGCAGCGGAAAGGUUUUAACCACCAAGCUGCCACUUCCCGCAAACAGCAAGAUCGUCACUGUCAACGUACCGACGACGCAAGGAGGGGUAGUUCAACAGAAAGUGUUGGGAAUUAUCCCAUCCAGUACAGCAGGCAGUGCCCAAACAUACUCCACAUUCCAGCCACGCACUUCCACACUCAACAUCAAGGCCAACACCCCCGGCUCCCAGCAACAGGUUCUGGCAGGAGGGGGUCAGAUUCGUCCAGGCAUGACAAUGAUCCGAACCCCUAUCCAGCAGACGGGUCAGAUGGGAAAGACCAUAAUCCGUACACCUAUUGUGGUGCAACAAGGUCAGGGCGGGCAGCAAGUAGUGACACAGAUCAUCCGCGGACAGGCGGUUUCCACGGGGAUAUCUGCUACAAACCCUGUCACCACGGUAACAGGCCAGGGUGUAGCCAGCCCCAAUGCAGCAGGACAGGCAGCAGGCCAAACACCACCCGGCACCCCACGAGCACAGAGCCAGGGCCAGGUUAAACUUAGCCUGGCCCAGUUCACACAACUCACACAGAAGCAGCAGGGUGGUUCCGGUGUGGAUCGACAGACUGGAGUCGGUGGUCAGCAGGCUCUGACGGUGAUGGUUCAGGGCCAGGGUCAGACCACAGGCCAGCUGCAGGUCAUACCUCACGGCGUCACCGUCAUUCCUGGACCUGGCCAGCAACUCAUGCAAGCAGCACUGCCCAAUGGCCAGGUGCAGCGCUUCCUCUUCACCCCAUCAUCUGCCGCAUCCAGCCAGCCAAACUCCACUUCCAACAGAACCCCAGCCCAGCCGGCACAAAAGGCUGCUGCCCCAGUCCAAGCGGGGGCAGCUACUCUUGCCACCACCAGCACUCCAUCCUCAGUCAACCCCCAGGGGCAGUUACCCCCUCCCACGCAUGCUCAUAUGCCCAUCCAGUCUCCCACCUCGCUGCAGGUCAAAGCUCAGGAGGGCACCACCCAGCUGCAGCAGACCCCGCAGCUCAUCAGCGUGUCCGGACUGCAGCAGCCAGUGCAGGUACUGGCCCAGUUGCAGGCCCAGCAGAGUGGAGGCUCUCUGCCACAGCACAUCAAACUGCAACUUCCCAUUCAGAUACAGCAGAGUGGCUCCUCCUCAGCUCAAACUGGACAGGUUGGAAAUGUAGUAACCAUCCAGGCAGCAUCGGUCCAGGAGCAGCUCCAGAGGAUCCAGCAGCUCAGAGAGCAGCAGCAGCAGAAGAAGCGACAAGCGUCAGAAGCAAAGAAAGAACUCGCCCUUAAUGCAGCCAACCAGAGCGACAUCAUUCAGAAGCAGGUGGUCAUGAAGCAGAACGCAGUAAUCGAGCACCUGAAGCAGAAGAAGACCAUGACGCCUGCAGAGAGAGAAGAAAACCAGAGGAUGAUCGCAUGCAACCAGGUGAUGAAGUACCUCCUUGACCGCAUUGACAAAAAUGAAAGGCAGGCGGCCAAAAAGAAGAAGAAGGAAGAGGUGGUUGAAGCAAAACGGAGGUUGGCCAAUGCUAGCAAGCUCUCCUCGCUCCUUUACCGGCACAAAGAGAGCCUCAAAAUGGAGAUCCUGAAGAAGCGAGCCCUUCUCGACAAAGAACUGCAGCUUGAGGCUCAGGAGGAGUUAAAGAGGGAUCUGUUGCGGAUGCAGCGGGAGAAGGAACGGGCUCAGGCCGCCGCCCAACAGGCAGCUCAGGCAGCAGCCGCUGCGGCCCACCGCCAGCAGCAGCAGCAGCAAACUCUGGCAGAUUCCCAUCGGAUCGCCUCCCAGCACCACCUCGCCACCACCGUCUCUACUUCUCACAAAAGGAAAUGGGAAGAGGAGAGGGAGAUGGCUGCCAAGUCCAAGAAGAAGAAGAUGAUCUCCACGAAAUGCACAAAGGAGAGCAAGAAGGACACCAAGCUGUACUGUAUCUGCAAGACGCCCUACGACGAGACCAAGUUCUACAUUGGCUGCGACCUUUGUACCAACUGGUACCAUGGGGACUGCGUGGGUAUCACGGAGAAGGAGGCCAAGAAAAUGGACGAUUACAUCUGUGUGGAGUGUAAACGAGGCCAGCAGAGCAGCACGGAGGAGCUGUACUGUAUCUGUCAGACGCCGUACGACGAGUCCCAGUUUUACAUCGGCUGCGAUCGAUGUCAGAACUGGUACCACGGCCGCUGUGUGGGAAUCUUGCAGAGCGAGGCCAACCACAUUGACGAGUACGUGUGUCCUCAGUGUCAGUCAACAGAAGACGCCAUGACGGUCUUCACGCCGCUCACUGAGAAGGAUUUUGAAGGCCUGCGGAGGAUCCUGCGUUCUUUACAGGCGCAUAAGAUGGCCUGGCCGUUUCUGGAGCCGGUGGAUACCAACGAUGCGCCCGACUAUUACCGGGUGAUCAAGGAACCGAUGGACUUGUCCACCAUGGAGGAGAGGUUACUGAAACGGGCCUACGUGAAGCUGACAGAGUUUGUAGCAGACAUGACCAAAAUCUUUGACAACUGCCGAUACUACAACCCAAGCGACUCCCCCUUCUACCAGUGUGCCGAGGUUCUGGAGAGCUUCUUUGUCCAGAAGCUCAAGAGCUUCAAAGCCAGCAGGUCUCAUAACAACAAGCUAUAAUCAGCUGCAUCUUAGCUCCUUUCCCUAAAACUUGGUGUCAGAAAGACACGGCUCAGAGCCAAUCAGGCUCCUCCCUCCGGCGACACGCUCCACCACUGCAGCCGCCGUUAGGACCGGUGUCCCCACCGAGAUGGAAGAGGACACAGAGCUGGAUGCAGCCUGGUGUGCUUUUUUUUAAAUUUAUUUUAGAGAGGUGGUGCCUGCAGCUUUAAAGCCUCACGUCUGGCGGCGGCCCCUUCAUGGAAGCCACGCAGGGCGCCGAGUGUCUGAGAUCAGAUCGCACACACAUUGAAGAUGUGAACAUCUCCAUGCUCGAGAUUAGCGAUUCCCUUCACAUUUUGCCCGAAGGGGGCUUUCAAGCCAACAUCUUAAAGGAAACAUCCCGGACAGACUGUCCCACCCACCCCACCCACAGACCACGUCCGGCUCCUCUGCUGACCCCUCUGUGGGGAAUGAAGGCAGGGAAGACUCGUCGCGGCUCCACGUCCCUCCGCUGGGAUUCUUUAUGCUUCUGCAGGAGCCUUGCCUUCCUCUUUCUCCCAAAGUGAUCAGAUCACCUCAGCCUCGGCUCGCUUCAGGUCUGUGGUGGAGUGAAAACGUGUCGCAGUGGCUGCAUUUCCAGAAGAAUAUCUGCAAGUUUAUCUGUUCUGGAAGAGGAAAGCACCAAGAAGACUGGAAAGAUACUACUUUUAUAAUUCAACAUUUUUACUUUUAUCAAAGUACAAUGAAGGCAGGCUUUAGAGAGAGCUAACACCGUGUUUGUCAUUUUGUUAUUAACAAAGACGCUCUUCUUCGUUAACCGUUUCUUAUCGAUGUCUGAUAUUUCUGUCCUAACGUCGAGAUCUUUUGAAGCAGCAGAAACUUAUUUUUCUGUGUUGGAACCAGCAACACCAGCCCUCCUGUAAAUGUAAACUGUAUAUUUUGAGUCUUAAAUUGAAAAGAUCUAUACAUUUAGGUAAGAGUACCCUUUAUAUAUUGAAGUCUGCAUAUAAUUUUUGAACUCGGUGGAGUGACUCAGCAACUUGUACAGAAAUUUUUAAUUUUUCUUUUUCCCAUAACUUGUUCAGCAUAACUUCUUCUAUAUCGCUUUUCUUCUAUUUAUUCAUUUCAACAAAACGUUCUCAGUUUUUAUUUCAGGUAAAGUUGAGGAAUGUGACUUGCAGACAAAAAAAAAGAAGAAAAAAGAGGUUCUCCUUUUGUACUUGAUGGGACUUUUCCUCCUAGAUAAUAAAGUCAUCUUUUAGA